UCAGACCUUCGUAGUUCAUAAUGUCAAUAAACAUUAGUUAGAGGCAGACACGUUUCAAUUCUGAACUCUGAUGAAUUAGAAAGGCAUUAUACAUGAAACCCUUGAUCAUAAUACUUUAUGCAGACUCAAAACUUUUGAGUCAAAAAGCCAUGAAACCUUCUACCCUUGAUUAUGUCUGCUCUCUAGCUUGCAUUAUCUUGUUUCUUCAGUUGGUUUCAUCACCAAAACUUGCUUCUGCUGAUUCUACACAAGCAGAGGCACUUCUCAAAUGGAAAGCCAGCUUUCUGAAUCAAACCGGGAACAACAAUCUCACCUCGUGGACUUCCCUCCCCGGAAACGCCACCAAUUCAUCAGGUGCAUGCGAUGUUUGGACCGGUAUUUCAUGCAAUGCUGCCGGAAGUGUCAACCGGAUAAACCUUACCAAUUCUGGUAUAAAAGGUACGCUACAUGAACUCUCAUUCCAGUCAUUCCCUGAUCUUGAAUAUGUUGACCUCAGUGUCAAUGAACUUUUCGACACCAUCCCACCUCAGAUUAGUUCCCUCUCCAAACUCAUCUACCUUGAUUUAUCUUCUAAUCAGUUGACUGGGAUCAUCCCACCAGAAAUUGGUCUCCUAACAAAUCUUCAAGUCCUCCACCUAAACAUAAACCAGUUAAAUGGCUCGAUUCCUCAAGAAAUGAGCCAGCUCAAAUCUCUUUAUGAGCUUGCUCUGACCACCAACAAUCUAGAAGGGUCUAUUCCAGCCUUCCUGGGUAAUUUUACCAACAUGACAAAUUUGUAUCUCUUUGGAAAUCAGCUUUCUGGUGCCAUUCCUCCAGAAAUCGGGAACCUAUCAAAAUUGGUUGAAUUGUACUUGGAUGGCAACCAUUUAACAGGUCCUAUCCCUCCAAGUUUUGGAAACUUGGAAAAUCUAACUGUGUUGUACUUAGCCUACAACAACCUUUCUGGUUCUAUCCCUUCAGAAAUAGGAAAGAUGAAGUCUCUUGUGCAACUGAGCAUUCAAUCAAACAAUCUUUCUGGUUCGAUCCCGGCAACCAUAGGUGAUCUGCCAAACCUUACCCUUCUUUAUCUCUAUUCAAACAAACUUUCUGGCAGUAUUCCUAAGGAGAUAGGGAACUUGAAAUCUAUGGUGGAUCUCCAGUUGAGCCAGAAUCAACUAAAUGGCUCGGUUCCAACUUCAUUGGGUGAAUUGGACAACUUAGUAAGCUUGUACCUCCGUGAUAACCAACUUUCCGGAACCAUCCCCCAACAGAUAGGAAAUCUCACAAAGAUGACAAUUGUGCAAUUUGAUACCAACCGAUUUUCUGGUUAUUUGCCCCAAAACAUUUGCAGAGGUGGAUUGCUUCAAAACUUCACAGCAUUCAACAAUGAUUUGAUAGGUCCAAUCCCCAAGAGCUUGAGAACUUGCAAGAGCCUAUUCAGAGUACGUCUUGAUGGGAACCAAUUGACUGGCAAUGUAUCUCAAGACUUUGGUGUGUAUCCAAAUCUUGAUUAUAUAAAUCUAAGCAACAAUAAGUUGUAUGGUGAAAUUUCACAAAACUGGGGACAAUGCCCGAAGUUAACGAGCCUCCUAAUUGCGGGUAACAACCUUACUGGUAGCAUACCACCAGAGCUUGGCAAUGCGACUCAAAUUCAGGCGCUUGAUCUCUCUUCCAAUCAUCUAGUUGGUGUGAUUCCAGAAGAUCUUGGGAGGCUAAGUUUGGUGAAUCUGAAGUUGGGUGAUAACCAUCUUUCUGGUCCUAUACCCUCCACAUUUGCAUCUCUGACUGACCUUGAAUAUAUAGACCUGUCCACCAACAAAAUUAACGAGUCAAUUCCAAGCUUUGUAGGUGACAUGUCGAAACUAAUCUACUUGAAUCUGAGCAACAACAAGUUCAGUCAGGAAAUUCCAUUACAGUUGGGGAACUUAUUUCAACUGUCCCAGCUAGAUUUAAGUGGUAACUCACUUGAGGGUAACAUACCGUCACAAAUGAGCAAGCUGCAGAGCUUGGAGGAUCUGAAUCUAUCCCACAAUAAUCUUUCCGGUGUCAUUCCAACAUCUUUUGGUGAAAUGCCUGGCUUGUUGCACAUUGACAUGUCCUACAAUCAGUUGCAGGGCGCCAUCCCUGACAGCAAAGCAUUUCAAAAUGCUUCCUUGGAAGGGAAUAAUGGAUUGUGCGGCAAUGUUGUAGGACUGCAACCCUGCAAUCCUUCUGCAGGAAAUAAAAGUACCUCAAACAAGGACAGAAAACUAGUGUUUUUAAUCGUGUUCCCUGUUCUGGGAGUAAUUUUACUUGCUUUACUUGGAAUUGCCUUCAUAAGAAGAAGAAGAAGAAGAAGAAUGCAAUACCAACACACGGAACAGAGCUACGUGCAGAAUGAAGUCUUUGCAAUAGCAAAUUUUGAUGGAAGAAAAAUGUAUGGCCAAAUCAUGGAGGCAACCGACAGUUUUGACACUGCAUACUGCAUUGGGAAAGGUGGGUAUGGAACUGUCUACAAGGCAAAGCUACCAUCUGGCAGCAUAGUCGCUGUGAAGAAACUCUAUCCAGUACAUGAUAGUGAGGAGGCAUCUCAAAAGGAGUUUUUCAAUGAAAUAAGGGCACUACUGGAGAUCCGACACCGAAACAUUGUGAAACUUCUUGGUUUUUGUUCAAAUGUGCAUCACUCCUUUUUGGUCUAUGAGUAUCUAGAAAAGGGAAGCUUGUCUGCAAAUUUGAGCAAAGAAUUAGAAGCAAAGAAAUUGAACUGGAGUAUAAGGGUGAAUAUAGUUAAAGGUGUGGCUCAUGCCUUAUCUUAUAUGCAUCAUGAUUGUGUGCUACCGAUUGUGCAUCGAGACAUAUCAAGCAACAACAUUUUGCUGAAUGAAGAUUAUGAGCCCUGUGUGGCAGACUUUGGCACUGCCAAGCUUUUAAAUCCAGGCUCAUCAAAUUGGACAACCCCUGCAGGAACAUAUGGAUAUGUAGCCCCAGAGCUCGCUUUCACGAUGAAGGUAACUGAGAAAUGUGAUGUUUAUAGCUUUGGAGUGCUGGCACUGGAAGUCCUAAUGGGGAAGCAUCUGGGCGAUUUGGUCUCCUCAUUUCCGAAUCCUUCAGCAAAUGAAAACAUGUCACUGAUGGAUUUGUUGGACCAACGGCUUCCCCCUCCGACACCUGAUGUUGAGGAUGAACUGAUAACCAUUGCAAGACUAGCAAUCGAGUGCAGAUAUACCCAUCCACAAUCAAGGCCAACAAUGCAAAUGGUUUCUCAGGUGCUAUCAUCCCAAAAUGCAUAUUCCUACAGACAGCAGGACAUUACACUUGAAUCAAUCAUUAAGAACUGAUAUUUGCUUGUCUUUCCAUACAACUCGUAAUAGUAAGAAUAGAUGAUCUUGUUUUUAUCAUAUUUAGGUUCCUUUUCAAAAGUGGCUAUCCAUGUAUAAUGUUUUCAGAAAUAUUAAAGUCUUGCACUACUCUUUCAUACAAUGUCUGCAU